UUUCCUGAGGUUAUGCAAGGAGCUCCUUGGGUUAUCUAUCUGUUGUAACGUUACAAAUCUAAAACAAUAAUGCCGGAAGGACCAAGUGUAUUGCAAUGGGGAGAAGUCGCCCGACAGUUUACAGGACGUGAAAUCAACAGGGUUGAAGGUAACACGAAGACCGUGAACAAGGCAGAACUUGUAGGUUGCUGUCUCAACGAUGUAAAGGUGUAUGGCAAGCAGCUUUUUCUGCAGUUCGUACCAAAAUCAUCAGAGGGCGGAGGUGAGCAGCAGGGCAGGUGGAUAAGGUACCACUUUCUGAUGUGGGGCAGUCUACGGGCCAACGAGUACAAGGGGGUCUCCAGGCAAUCCAAAACUGGUAAAGUUCCUGUACCCAGGUUGGUCCUACACUUUGCAAAGGAGGAAUUCUUGGCAUUCUACGGUGGAAGUAUGCAUGAAGUGGACUCUCCUGCUUGUGACCAAGGCACGGAUAUUCUCACAGCCUCCUUCGAUGUAGAGAAGGCGGCAGAUGCGAUACAACGUGCCCAGCCAGUCUGUUACACUCUCCUGGACCAGACCUGUUUCUCCGGAUUGGGCAACAUCAUCAAGAACGAGGUGCUCUACGCUGCCAAGGUGCAUCCGCUGCAACCCGGCAACCUGUUGUCAAGGCAACGGGCAUUGGGCGUGGUGGAGCAGGCAUUGGCUUUCAGUGCUAGAUGGAUGGAACACAAAGAAGAGCACAAGAAGUUCAAGGAACACUGGCAGAUCUACUUCAAGAAGGACUGUCCGUUGGGUCACAAGACGAGCCGGGAUUGGUUCGGACCUGAGGGAGGUCUGCAGCGGGUUACAACAUGGUGUUCAACAUGUCAGCCACUCGAGGGGGUAGCAGAGGAGAAGGUCUACUCCAAAAAGCUCAGACAAGCUGGAAAGAGGAAACGUUCAGGAUCACAGAAGGGAGGGAAGUUGCAUCGUAGUUCUGUUAACAAGAAGGCAGUUGAGCCCAAAAUGGACGUUUCCAUUAAUAACAAGAGCAACACAGGCAAGCGAAAGAGGCGAAAAGUGCCACAAUCAGAAAAGCAGACUCAGAAAAGAAAGAAACUUGUGAAAGAGCCAGACAUAGAGCCUGAAUCUGACGAUGAUUUUUGCAUUGGAAAGAAAGUGAAGAUGCCAACCAGAAAGCAGUGUAAGAGAGGAAAACUUGGGAAUCAGAAACGUUCUAAGAGUAGUACAAUUGUACAAAGUCAAGACCAUGAUUUUACAGCCAUAGUGUAAUACACAUUGACAUAGACACUGAUGUUGUUAAAACUUUUUAUUCCUUUUUGCAUAGUAGGUGAGUCCAUAAGACAUACUAAAACAGGCACAAGGCUAGCUAUCAAACUUUCUUAUUAACCACUGAUCCCAUUAAUGACGCCCUCCCUGAUUAGCAGAACUAGUCUAUCAUAGUUAGCGCUCACAUGACUCGACAUAUCGGAUGUUGGAAGGUUAAACCUGGUAGUUUGCAGGUAGAUUUUUUUUUAUACUGUAAUUCACUAGCAAAAUUUCAUGGACAUUUUUACAAAAAUUAAUCUUCAUGGUGCUAGCAAAUGCAGGGGGGGCAAAAGACCUGAUUUGAUUAAUGAUAAGUUCACUGUACAGAAGUCACUGUGUGAAAAAGUAGUACUGUGAAAAAAAAUCAAGAAUUUCUGUAUGGAACUACAGCCACAUGAUUAUAACAUUAAAACAAUAUGCAACUUAUUACAAAACAUGACGGCUGUAAUAAAAGGACGGACUGCAUGGAUCAAUGUGCGAGCGUUCGUAUACUUAUGCGCCCUUUGCAAAAUAUCUAUGCAACACUUCUGCAAUGCACUCUGAUUCUUUUCUCAGCCACACUUAACUUAUUUUGUGCAUUUUUUCUCCAUUUCGCCCCCACCUCUUCAAGGGAUCUUUUUUACCGGAUGUUUCACGUUGCACAUGCACAGUUGUGAUACAUGAUGUGGUCAUCAAAAUGUGCUAACCCUUCCUUGUUUUCAAACCAGGGGCCUUAAGCUUUGCCCUCUGACCACAAUGCAUAACAGCUGCAUGUGCACCCUCAGAACUGUGAAACAGCUUAUUUUAGGUGUGGCUAGACACUUCAAGUUAACACUGCUGUUAAUACAAGAUAAUACAUUGUAUUUUGUCUCACUAUAGGAAUGAUGAGAAAACAACAAGCGUUUGUCAACACUGGUACAAAAUAUACAUACAGGCACAGUUACAGAACCAAUCAUUGUCACAACUGUAUACAGUGUGCUCUUAGGCAGAAUUAUGAUACAUUAAGCCCCUGUAACACAUUCAGAACCUUCCCAUGAACCACAGCCAGCCAAGGUGUACUGCCAACCAUGGCUGAACCUCCUGUUCACACCCAAAUGUUUGAAACAACAGUCAAUCGAGCCAACCUACUCCUAACCAUAGCUAUGUGUGACAGGGUCUUCAGGUAGAAUUUUCGUCCUAUUAACAUUUCUUGUCUCAAGGGAAUCAUGUGAACUGAGAAGUCCAGUGUCCAUUCUUGGUUAAAGGUCUAACAUGUACAUAACUUAGGUAUCAAAUAAUUCUCAUUUGUUAAGAUUGACAGUGUGUACAAAAUUGCUUUAUCAAGUU